CGAUCCCCGCUCCCGCACCGCUCCCAGGUGCAUCCCGGCCGCGGCGGGGGCGGCUCCCGCGGCGCGCACGUCCGGCCCCGCCCGUUAAAUUCCGCCGGGCCGGGCCGGGCCGGGACCACCGGCCCCGCGCCCGCCGCUCUCGCCAUGGCCACGGACGGAGAGCCCGGCCGGCGGCGCCGCUGCUGCGCGCAGGACACGCCCGCGGCUCCCGCAGGGGCUGCCAAGGUCGCGGAUCCCCGCGGUGACAGCGACGGCCCCCGCCGGGGCUCCCUGUGCGAGCGGCACUGCGCUGCCAUCAACAACGCGCAGGCGGACCUGGGGGAGCUGGGCUGCCACCUGCACCGGCCCCGCGGCACCCCAGCCACGUCCACGCCGUCCUGCUGCCAGCAGCACUCGGAGGAGGUGUGCGAGAGCUGCGUGGUGAAAACCACCCUGACGGCCGAGAACGCCGUGGAGGCCAACAAGCUCUCCAACAACUACAAGUUUGGCUUCAAGAAAUGGAAGAGCCACGUGACGGCGCGGCCAUGGGAGGACCGGUCAGAGAUUGUCAAGGAGCUCUACUCAGACCUCAACAUCAUCCGAGCCUCUGGAGGGUCCUCGCUGACGUGUGGCAAUGUCCUUUACCUGCUGCUCUUUGGCUGGUGGCUCUCGCUCCUCUAUGUCCUCGUGGCUGCCGUGAUGUUCAUCACUGUCAUGGGGGCUCCUUAUGGCAGGCUCUGCUGGGACCUGGCCGGGUAUUUCCUCUGGCCCUUUGGCAAAGUGAUCCAGAAAGUGGAGGUGCCCAAAUCCCCUCAGGCGAGUGAGGCCAGCGUGGGGGAGAGCUCAGCCCUGCUCGGGGGUCCCACAGCGCUCCGCUGGCGCCCACGGUGCUGGGUGGGCACUGGAUACUGGCACCAUGCCAGCACCGCAGUGUGGCUGUGCCUGGGCUACCCUCUGCUGGCGCUGGCCCACGGGCUGGUGUGCGUCGCCGCGUGGCUCCUCAUCGUCCUCAUCCCCGUGGCCAAGCUGAGCGCCCGCGCCGCCUCCCGCGUCCUGCUGCUGCCCCCGCGCCGCCUGCUCGUCCGGCGCCUCCGGAUGGUGAGAGCCUCUGGCAGGGCAGGGUCCCACGCCCUGCUCCGGGGGGGAUUUUGGGCUGGGGGUGACGCUCCUGUCCCCCUGCAGACGGAGGUGCCUCUGGAGGGAGAGGUGAUUCUCUGCUGCUACCGUGCUGCCAACCCCUACUACUACAAAUACGCCGUGGACGGCAUCAACGUCUUCGCUGUCAACCUGCUGCCGCUGGUGCUGGUGACGCUGGUGCUGGGCUACGUGGACAGCCCCAACCGCCUGACGGGCUCCGCCGUCAAGUUCACCCUGGCGCUGCUCUCCAUCAUGCCCCUCUCCUACUACAUCGGCAUGGCCAUCGCCAGCAUCUCGGCCCAGAGCAAUUUCGCGGUGGGGGCGGUGGUGAACGCCACGUUCGGCUCCAUCACCGAGCUCACCUUCUACAUCACCGCGCUCAUCAAGGGCUCGCGCGAGGGCAACCGCUGCUACGCCGAGGUGGUCAAGUCUGCGCUGACGGGGACCCUGGUGGGCUGUGUCCUCUUCGUGCCGGGUCUGUGCAUGGUGAUCGGGGGCAUCCGGCACCAGGAGCAGCGCUUCAACAGCCGCUCCGCCGGCGUCAGCUCGGCCCUGCUCUUCCUCUCCGUGGGAGGUGUCUUUGCCCCAACGCUCUUCUCCAAGGUGUACGGGAAGCUGGUCUGCGGCGAGUGCCACAACGUCACCCAGAACCCGCUGGGCCACUACCUCUGCCACAACUGUCACUUUGACCUGGUGCUCUCUCUGCAGAUGGACAACAACGGCACCCUCUACUACAGCCACGUCCAACCCCUGGUGUACACCGUGUCCAUCCUGCUCCCUGCUGCCUACCUCAUCGGGCUCUUCUUCACCCUCAAAACCCACACGCACAUCUACGACAUCCACAUCAGCGACUGCCACAGUGAGUGUCCCCAGAGGUCCCGGCUGCAGGGCUGGCUCUUGUCACUGCUCUGGGGCGUGCCACACGUCUCUGCUCUCUCCCCAGUGCCUGGCCACCACCACAGCGCCGUGGUGCACUGGUCCCGCUGGCGGGCCCUGGUCAUCCUCCUGCUCUCCACCCUCUGCAUGUCGGCCUGUGCUGACCUGGCCACGGAGCACAUCAGCCCCAUCCUCACCAACUCCACCAUCUCACAGUACUUCAUCGGUGUCACCGUGCUGGCAAUGGUGCCCGAGCUGCCAGAGAUUGUCAAUGGCAUCCAGUUUGCCCUGCAGAACAAUCUGAGCUUGAGCAUCGAGAUCGGGAACUGCAUCGCGGUGCAGGUCUGCAUGCUCCAGAUCCCCAUCCUGGUGCUCUUCACCAUCUUCUACCCAACCAACUUCACCCUCAUCUUCAGCGACCUCCACGUCUACGCCAGCAUGUUCAGCGUGGUGCUCAUGAACUACAUCUUCAUGGAUGGCAAAUGUGACUACUUCCAAGGCACGGUGCUGGUGAUGGUUUACUUCAUCCUCCUGGCCGUGUAUUUCUUCGCCCCGUCGCCCAGCGGCUGCUGAGGUUUGGACUCCUGGAUUCUCCUUUCUCCAACCCCCUCGUUGGGAUCAGCACCCAUCAAGACCUUCUCCAGUGUCUCAGGGACUUGGCCGGGCUGGCUCCGGUCUGGAAGCGCCGUUUCCUGAAGCUCCUGCUGGGCUCCCCUGGGGUUUCAGGGGUGGCAAUGGGGUCGCUCCCGAAAUGAGGAGCCUCAAAACACAUCACACAGGCAUCUCCAGCCCACCCUCGAGUGGCUGGAAGGAAAACUGUCCUCAGAGGAGGGUCUUGAAGGGGAUUUGUGCGCGUCUCGAGGACAGACCCCUCCCUGGGGAUGAGCUGCACUGGGAGAAGGUGCCUGAGAAGUCCCUCAUCCUCCCAGGCCUGGGAACUGCACACGGGAUGUUUGAUGGCACCAGAAAUGCACCCAAAGGUAUUUUCGGCUGUUUUGUCAUUAAAGCAGUUUUGUACAAAUCAGAAACA